AUGCCGUUACCCCGACUAAGCGAAACGAAUUCGCAGAUAGCGCCUUUCGCUCUACCAUCCAAGAACGUUUCUUUACAACGCACAGUCUCUUGCGCCCUCACAUACCUCUCUCCCCGAAAAUCCUCUCGUCAGUUUCCUGUGCCACGCGGAGAAAUCUAUAAAUCAAUAUUCUUGGCCCCAUAUGGGUACCACAGUGCUCCAUACAAUAGCACUGGCGCCGCCUACGGGCCGCAAGAUUCAUAUCAGGCGCAUUUGUCGUAUGUUCCUCCCCCGCCCCAGCCUUCUGGCGGUUUCUAUGGGUAUUCCCCAGCUCCGUUUCGCCAGUCUUCUGGUGGUUAUAAUUAUUCUGACGAGAGCAUAAACUCUCAUGGUGUCGUUUCUACUCAUAUAGGCAGUUCAGGUCAGCAUGCUCCUCCUUCAACUACAAAUGAGCAGCAUCUCCAACCUGGUGGGCUCGCUCCCGCGUCGGAUGAGCGAGUCUUGAAGGAUGGACAGGUUCCCUCAGUCGGUGGUACUCCUGCUCGCCAACAAGUUGAUCGCUCAACUGAUCGCGAACAAUUCAACGGCACGUCUCCAUUGCAAAACACUCCUUUGAGCGCCCCUGUUCGUUCAGAAGACGAUUCUUCGGGUACAAACGAUGCUGAACAGAGUGUUGAAUCUCGCUCGAGCACAACUUCUGCGCCAGUGGAGCAGGAAUUGUUUGUCGACCAGAACCCUGACAACAUGAAUGUCCAUGGUGCCGAACAAAACGUCGAAGGAUGUGAAGAACAUAAUGCGGCUUUGGCAUUACGGGUAAAGCAAACUGGAGAGGAGUCGGAACCCCUCCAGGGACAACUGGAGCCCCUCCAGGCGCAGUUGGUAGUCGACACCGCGCGAAAUAUGGCUGUCCGAGCCGAAUUAAAUAGCCUCCAGUCGGAGUAUGAAGGCUUGGAUUAA